AUGCGGGACCGAACGAAACCGCGGCCGCUGCUCGAUGAAAACCUUGUCCACCGAAUUCGUGUUGCACUGCAGCACCAAGCGGACGGCGGCGACAUUGACUUAAGCACCGAAGACAGCUACUCCUCCUCGAAAGUCGACUGUGUGUUCUGCUGCCUGACUCUGGAGAACUGCGUUGCACUGCACGCGAGUGCGCGAACGCUUACGAUUCUGGACCGGACACCUGUGACGCUCGGGCACUGUUUAGUCAUAUCGCGGAGACACGUUUCGAGUAUGGACGCGCUCACAGAGUCGGAACUCGCGGAGUUGUUUACGCAGGCACGCCACGUCGCCCAGGUCGUGCUUCGUGAAGUCUACCUCACCCGACGGGUUUCCGACGCGAGCCGACUAACGUUUUCUGAACGAAUGAGCGCACGAGAACCGACAGAGGAACCAGUGACGCGCGUAGAAGCGUCGGUUUCCUCCCAGGAGCGUUUCGGAUACAACAUCGGCGUCAAUAACGGGCGUUGCGCUGGUCAGAGCGUGCCCCACGUGCACGUGCAUGUUAUCCCGCGGGCACCCGGCGAUGGUUUCUGGUGUACGCAUCGGCCGUGGGGUAUGGAACUUGCCAAACGGCGCUUGAAGAUGCACCGGCAUCGUUUAUAG